AUGACUAAAUUAUUUAAUGACUCAGAUUCGCAUUUUGUUGAAAAAUGCACUCUUUCAUAUCUUACCCGAUCUAGUUCCACAAUUUCAACCAUCUCAACUUCUUCCCAUAUCCCAUCUAGUUCUACCGCUUCAACUGUCGUAACUUUCCAUAUGCAGUCUGUUCCACUUCGAUUGAGCAAAGAUCACCUUAAUCAAGCCAGGGACCGUUUACUUGCAUAUCAAGAAGAAAAAUAUGAAUCCAAAGAUCUUAUUGUGGGACCAAAUAGUUACUACACUGCUGAUCUUACGCAAGAUUUUCCUAAAGCUCCAAUUGACCAAGGAUCUAAUUCGAAAGGGAAUGCAUAUCCAACAUUGAUUUUCGAAGUUGGCAACAGCAAUGAUGGUACAAUGGCAAUGUUUGCACUACACUACCUACACACAAAUCGAAAUAAUACAGUACCAGAUAUCAUUAUAUAUUUUGGCACGGCGCUUCUCCAUCCCUUAACAAUAAAUUUUCUUAUGAAAGUUGUGGGUGUUUCACCUGUUACCAUUACUGACUUUGGGUAUUCAGCAACUACUUGUAAUGCCCCUAAUAUUCCAGAUUAUCAAUUGCAUAAUCCUACCAUUGAACUUUUUAAUGUUUCUCCUGGUGGUUUUCCAGCUGGAGCAAUUAAUGUUCCUUCAUGUCCAAUCGGUAAUAAAGAUAUCGAAAUUAAUAGAGAGGAAUAUGGGCUCGCUUCAGGUGAAUGUGAUGUGUCACCUAAGGGAAAGGCUUCCCAACAAUAUAUCAUAACCAUAGCCGAUGAUGAAGAGGAAUUGGAAUUAUUGUAA